AGAAAAUCACUCUCUCGGCGGAAAAUGUCUUCAAGACCACCUUCCGGCAAUCACAAGCCGUCCAAACCAACUGGCCAUCCUUCAAGCGGCGCUUCCGAGUUGGAUUCCACCGCUGAGCCUUCACCUCACGAGCGCAGAAUGGAUUCCCAAAGAGCAUCGUCUGGCUCGGACAUCCAUGGCCACCCUUCAAGCGGAUCACAGAGCCGUAACUUAACUUCUGCUCAGUCCGGAGGCCGCAAUGCUCAUAAGGAUCUUCACGAGCGCCAUGUCCAUCCUUCACAAGGAUAUCAACGUCAUGGAUCCAAGGCUCCAGCUCAUGGCCACCCUUCAAGCCAAGGAGCACGAAGGUCCCAACACGAGUUGUCAAACUUCCCGAUACUUCUGGCCAACCUUAUGCAGGAUACAAAAGCCACGGCAUCUGCCAGUUGUGCAUCCAAUCAGGACACGCUACAACCGACUGCUUCCACUAUGUCGGACGGUGAGCCCGAAGAGGACAAGGUGAAGCUCUGUGGAAACCGCCUGGAAGUCGGAGUCACCGACAAUCUGGCCGGCACUCAGCGCCGCAAGGAACAACAACAGCUGCAAGGCGCUCAAGCCAAGAAGCAGCAGGCCCCACAGCGCGAUGUCAACCGCAAGGCCAACCAUCAAAAAUUAUCCAGGAAGCGUCGCUAUGCUCCGUACAAGGAUGAUGUCACUGGAGCAAUAAUAUGUGGUGAUCACCUCCAUCCAUAUCUAUUGUUAAAUUGUAACCAUUUAUUGUUGUUGUUAUUCGGCCAUCCUUAACCCCUUUUAAGUGAUGAACUCGUUGUUAUCUCCCCUCAGGCCAUCCUUAAAUGUAUGUUAUCGAGUUCCCAUCCUCUCGUUUCUACUUGUCUCACUCAACUUUCCUUUCAUUGCCCUCAAUUGCCCUCAAAACCUGUUGGAUUGUACACUCACUCCCACCCUGGGUGCAGUUGUAUCAAAAAUAAAAGUGUUUACACUUUA